GCUCCAUCUUCUUCACCUAAUUUGUUCUCCUGUAAUUCCCUUCUCUCUCCUCUCUCUUCCUUUUUACAUACAUACAUACAUACGCUCCACGAAACCUCAGGAAUCCGAAGAAGACGCGGAGACGAAGAAGAUUUGAGAGAAAUAUUCAUGGAUGGAUCAUCUGGGAAAAGAGCUCGAGGAGGGCCUGUUAUUCCUAGAAAGGGAACUGGUGUUCAGUUUAAGGAGACGAGUGAUAAUGGAGAUAUGAAUGCUCAAUUCUGUAAUCGUUUAGGUUGUCAUGGAAGAAUCAAUCAUACAAAAGUUAUCAGCAAUAGACAGACUAGUAAACUUUCAAGUGGGAAGGCAACAGUGGGAAGUUCUACAAGGACUUCUUCUUCCAUGGCAACUAUCUCCAAAUUACCAUUGAAGUCUACCAGAAAGGAAACAUCUCCGGUUCUAAAAACCGAUACGUUUGAGGCUAGUGGUAGUUCUAGUAAGAUUAGAAUGAUGGAAGUUGGAUGCUCAAGUUCAUCAUCAUCAUCAUCAUCAAGUAGUAGGGUGAAUAAGGGUAUUCAGGAAAAUUCACCUGGUUUGUCUGUUCUUCCAUUGAUAUCUAAGAAUUCUUCAAGCUGUAACGCAAGAAGGUUUAGUUUAAGAAGUGGGAGAUGCAACUCAACCCAAGAUGUGGUUCCAUCUGGCACAACAUCAACAACAAAUCUUAAUAGAAAGAAAGAUGUAAUGAAAAAGCAGAUUCCUGUUGUAGAAACUAAGGCUUCAGGCAAGAAGGUUAGUGGACCAACCACGACGAUUGAAAGGGGUCGUGUUUCUGAUCCUUCUAAUGGGAUCUCCAUAUCGGAUUCAAGACGAACCAGAACACAGAGAUUAACGAACAUCAACAAUAGACCCUAUGUGCUUCCUCAUCCAACCAGUUGGGAAGUGCCAAUGCCUGAACCAUCGUUUGUAGGAAACAGUUAUGCUCGCACUUCUCAGCGUUUACUUGGGGAAUCUUCUUCGAGAGUUUCGAAUUUUAACCCUGUUUCUGAUGGUAGCAGCAGUUCUAGUACUGGCCGGUCUUCUCCUUCACUGGGAAGAGAGGGCAUACGAAGAUAUAACAUGGAUGGCUUUGCAGAGGUACUUUGGGCACUUGAGAAUUUCGACCAAGAUGAAGGAAUAACACGCGAGCAAUUACUUGCUAUGGAGGCACAGUUCUUUCUCGGUGGCAUGAGUUUUUAUGACCAGCACAGAGAUAUGAGACUCGACAUUGACAACAUGUCCUACGAGGAGUUAUUAGCCUUGGAAGAAAAAAUGGGAAAUGUUAGUACAGCAAUAGCAGAAGAACAUGUAUUAAAGCAUCUUAGGAAAAGUAUCUAUCAACGAACUUCUGUUGAUACAAUGGGAUGCGGUGGCGAUCAUGAUGACAUCAAAUGCAGCAUUUGUCAGGAAGAAUACAUGAUUGGAGAAGAAGUUGGAGGAUUGGAUUGUAACCAUGUAUAUCACUUGGAUUGCAUUCAUCAAUGGCUGCAGGUAAAGAAAUGGUGUCCUAUCUGCAAAGCUGAAGCAGCUCCAACAGGCUGUUCUUCUUCUUUGUAGCAUGGCAGGAAACAUGAAAUGGUAUUUUUACUACUAGUAAAAUUCUUUCUUUUGAUUUACCUUUUCACAACUCAGAAAAGGGUUCAAUAGGAUGGGAAUGAACAUUUGACAUGUAAAUAUGGCAACUUUGCCUUUGAUGAAUUCUUUGGUUGUUGACUCAUUUUAUUGCAAAAUUAAUAAUGCUUUUGCACUAUACCUUUAUU